AUGAAAUUACUAGAAAAUGAAGAAAAUACGGACGGUGAUGAUGAUGAUGAAGACGUAGUUUUUGAAAAAGUUAACGAGUUUCAGUACUUAGGAGCCAUGCUGAGUGUCAAAAAUGAUUGGUCAAGAGAGAUUGGAAUAAGAAUAACAAAGGCUGAAGGGGCACCAAUCGCACUACUGAAAUCAAAAUUAUUUUCUAAGAAAACAAGACCUACGUCUAAAAACUAA